AUGAAAUUGAUUGGUAUACUCUUUGUGUUUCUUCUUCCUCUCUUAGCCUCAUGUGCAGAGAAAAAGGUAUACAUAGUGUAUCUUGGAGGGCACAAAGGAGACAACGCGUUGCACCAAAUUGAAGAAACCCAUCGUUCAUAUCUCUCAUCGGUGAAGGAUACCGAAGAAGAAGCAACGACUUCUUUGAUCUAUAGCUAUAAGCAUAGCAUCAAUGGCUUCGCUGCAUCGCUCACUCCCGAUGAAGCUCAAAAAUUAUCUGGAUUGGAAGGAGUGAUAUCUGUGUUUGAAAGCCAUCCAAGAAAAUACUCUCUGCAAACAACAAGAUCGUGGGAAUUCAUAGGGUUGGGAGCAUUGACAGAGGAAGAGGGAGAGGUGCAUAACCAGGAUAACGGGAAAGACUUACUUUUGAGAGCUAAAUAUGGCACUGAUGUUAUUGUUGGUCUCAUCGAUAGUGGAGUAUGGCCAGAAUCGGAAAGCUUUAACGACGAGGGAAUGGGGCCGAUUCCAAAAUCAUGGAAAGGCAUUUGCCAAUCGGGAUCUGAUUUUAACUCUUCACACUGUAAUAGAAAAAUCAUUGGAGCAAGAUACUACAUCAAGAACUUUGAACAAUACUACGGUCCUCUAAACACCUCAGAGGACACCUUGUCACCGCGUGACUUGGAUGGUCAUGGAACUCACACAGCCUCAACUGCAACUGGCCGGAGGGUUGAAAAUGUUUCUGUAUUCGACGGACUUGCAAAUGGGACUGCAUCCGGUGGAGCUCCAUUGUCACGCUUGGCUAUAUACAAAGUGUGUUGGGCUAAGCCUAACCAAUCGAAAGCUGACGGUAAUGAGUGCUUUUUAGCCGAUAUAAUGGCAGGCAUGGAUGAUGCAGUUGGGGAUGGUGUCCACAUAAUGAGCAUUUCCAUUGCGACUUCUGAACCAAUUCCUUAUGAAGAAGAUGGUACUGCGAUUGGUGCACUCCAUGCUGCGAAAAAGAACAUUGUGGUGGUUUGUGCAGCUGGAAACUCUGGCCCUGGACCGGGCACAUUGUCGAACGUGGCACCAUGGAUGAUAACUGUUGGUGCUAGCUCCGUGGAUCGUGUAUUCCAUGGGCCUCUUAAGCUAGGAAAUGGCGUGACGAUCAUGGGGCAAUCGGUGACUCCAUACAAGUUAGACAAGAUGUAUCCAUUAAUAUUUGCAGGAGAUGCUGAAAAGCUUGGUACUCCCAAAAAUGCCACUGGAUAUUGCCUGGCUGGUUCACUUUCUCCCGGAAAGGUUGAAGGAAAGAUAGUUUUAUGCUAUAGAGGACAAGGAUCCAGAGUACGAAAAGGCGAGGAGGUGAAAAGUGCUGGUGGUAUUGGUUUGGUCUUGGGGAAUUUACCAGUAAAUGGGGACGAUGUAGUGGCCGAUGCUCAUCUUCUUCCUGCAACAGCUUUAACUGCUUCUGAUACUACUAAAGUCUUUAACCUUAUCAAGUCUACCAAGAAUCUCAUGGCAACUAUUGGUGCUCCAAUGACUGUGUUACAUAACCGACCAGCACCAUCAAUGGCUGGCUUCACAAGUAGAGGUCCAAGCACGAUUGACCCUUACAUUCUUAAGCCCGAUGUUACGGCUCCAGGUGUGAAUAUAUUGGCCGGAUGGAGUGAAGCAUCAUCGCCUACAAAGUUGGUGAAUGAUCAUCGAGUAGUCAAGUAUUAUUUUGAUUCCGGGACCUCCAUGGCUACACCUCAUGUAGCUGGUACAGCUGCACUGAUCAAAGCAAUACACCCAGAAUGGAGCAGUGCCGCCAUAAGAUCUUCCCUCAUGACUACAGCGUGGAUGCGAAACAACGUAAAUUCGAGCAUAACCGAUUACAAUGGUGAUAUUGCAACUCCAUUUGCAUUCGGGUCUGGUCACUUCAGGCCUACAAAGGCUACAGAUCCUGGUUUAGUAUAUGAUGCUUCCUACACAGACUAUCUUAUCUACCUUUGCAGUGGUGGACUGAAAAAUAGCAGCGCAAUAAGCUAUUUUGACCCAACAUUCAAGUGCCCAAAAGUGUUGACUCCACUGUACAAUCUCAACUAUCCAUCGUUAGCGCUCCCAAAUAUAACCGGUACUAUAGAAGUUAAGAGGACUGUCACUAAUGUUGGAUACCCCCGUAGUACCUACUUCUUCUCCUCCGACCCGCCGCUGGGAAUUUCUGUGAGAGCCUCUCCGAGUGUUUUGUUCUUUGAUCAAGUGGGGCAGAAGAAGAGUUUCACCAUAACAGUGACCCCAAGCGACAUUGCAAGAGAGUAUCACAAAGGAGAUUAUGCCUUUGGGUGGUAUACUUGGGAUGAUAAUUACCACAACGUUAGAAGUCCUAUGGCAGUAUCUUUAGCAUGACAUUACCUUCUUUUAUUCUAUUCUUCUAUUCUUGCUUUUAGUUUGGGAGAGCCUUGUAAUAAAACCAACAAAUGAAAUACAACUGAGUUCUUGAUCAUUAGAUGAUGACUGAUGAAACAAAGCCAGCCUAAAUUAGUAUUCCGGCAGAGAUCCUUCUCUGUCCGAAUUGAAGCCUACGAUGUGAAAUCAGAAGACAGCUUGUGCCUGCUUUGUCACCCCAAAUUACUUUUGUGUGACCAGAUGAUGUAGGACUACGCCCAUUUAAUUACACAAGAAUGUAUACCGCCAUGUACGAU